CGCUGCCCUUAUAGAGGGUAGGGUUGUGCGGUCGGCUGGAUGACUCCAGUCCAAGGAUUUCGCGUAUAGGAUGGAUUCAAAUAAAGGGACGCCAUCGAGGAUAUUCGCUCUUUCUCCGAUAGAAGCUAAAGAAGAAAUAGACGAGAAACUCGAGAGGAGUUACACGUAUUUACAGUCUCUCAUCAGCGGCGUUUCUGAGAAGGAGGCGCACGACGCUUUGAAUGCAGCAGUGUGCAAAGGAGCACAGGCGCACGAUGACAUCUGUUCCGGAUUUCUUUACGGCAUCCUUAUCGACCCCACCAGCGCAGCGAGAUACUACCGCGACGUGACAUUCACCACACGCGAUGGCCUGCAGAAUUUCGUCAACACCAUAAGCCUUCUCAUUCUGGAAAAGUAUACCAAGCUUCUAGACUCCUGCCGAUCUCAGAUAAUAUGGCUAAUAAAGGAGCUCAUCAAGAACUCGGUGCCUGGAGUCGACAAUCUUUGUCACGGUCUUCUCAGGCAGAUUGCAGGAGGCGAUGUGACGCCAAAAAACAUAUGGCUUGCAGAAGCCAUGCUCGACAUCUUCAUCGAAAACGGUGUGUGGCUAGCCUCUCAGCCCAUUGUGAUAGCCACGGCCGUGUACACUUACCUGCGGCUCAUUGUGGACCACGGAAACUUACCGUUUCUUACUCUGCGGCAACGAGAAGUGGACUUCUGCAUUUCCAUGCUGCGAGACAAGUUUACAGAGUGUGCUAUCAUCGGGCGGGACCUGAUCCGGUUACUCCAGAAUGUGGCUCGGAUACCCGAGUUUGACAAGUUGUGGCGGGACCUGCUUUUCAACCCCACUUCUCUUUCGCCUACACUCACAGGAGUUCAGCAGCUGCUCAUGCAGCGGACAUCACGGAGGUUUCUUCAGUGCCGGCUAACUCCAGACAUGGAACGCAAGAUCACAUUUCUUACAUCACAGGUCAAGUUUGGGAACCAAAAGCGUUACCAAGAAUGGUUUCAGAAACAGUACCUGAGCACACCCGAGAGCCAGUCGCUUCGCUGCGACCUCAUUCGCUUCAUCUGUGGUGUGAUCCAUCCAUCAAACGAGCUGCUUUGCUCGGACAUCAUCCCUCGGUGGGCCGUGAUUGGCUGGCUGCUCACAACGUGCACCUCCAACGUGGCGGCUUCUAAUGCCAAGCUGGCUCUGUUCUACGACUGGCUGUUCUUCUCGCCUGACAGGGACAACAUUAUGAACAUAGAGCCUGCCAUUCUGGUGAUGUACCAUUCUAUGCGACCCCACCCAGCCAUUACAGCCACACUAUUAGAUUUUCUCUGCAGGAUAAUGUCGAACUUCUGCAAGAGCUUAGCGGCUCAGGUUAAACAGGGCAUUUACACAUCACUGCGACAGAUUUUGGAGAAACGGGUUCUCGCGUCAUUGUCCCCUCUUUUUGACAACCCCAAGCUCGACAAGGAGCUUCGAACAAUGAUCAGGGAGCAGUUUGCAGAGUUUUGUUCUCCUGUUGAAGGAAAAGUAGAGGAAACAGUGCCCAUGCCUCCCGGAGCGAUGAUCUUGGACGGCAACCACAACUCUGUGAUUAACUGCGAAAACGAGGCUCAGUUCAGCGAAGACGAAGACGACAUUCCACUUGGCAAGCUGCGUUCUAAGGACAUCAAGUUCCAGCCCAUUCGGGAGCCCAGCAAAGCAGAGCAGAUGGACAUCUCGGAACACCUUAACCAGCUCAGUGGGGACAUCCGGAAAAAAGUUCUGGACCUACAGAAGGAAAAGAACAGUGAAAUCCAGUGCGAAAUUGUUGAAGGUCUCCUGCAAGAUAUCCUACGUGAGGAGGAUUUUGACCAGGACACUGCAACAUCGCUUGGGACCUGCCUUGCCCAGAUAUUGGAUGGUGAAUUUACGAGGAAACUCUUUCCGCAAGAAUUGGACGAUGAGUCUAUCGAGGAGUCUUUAGGGACACCGCUGUUUGUCAUAUUCAGGAACCUCUGCCAGACACCAGAGGAAGACCCCAGCAGGCAAGCCCAGCUGAUGCUGCUCUGGGAACUAGGACAGCACCAGCCUCGGCUUGGCUACCGGCUCCUGUACUUUCUUCGUGCCUCGGGCAGUGCCAAUUCAGGCACUGUGUCAGGCUACACGUCUUACCGGGACUACGCCCGAAGUCAUAAUGCCUUGUCCACCUGCCUCCUGCAUGACCUCAAGCUCUGCCAAGAUGAUGACGUUCGACUGUUUUGCUACCUGGUUCCCGAAAUAUACACACAGUUCCCGAAUGUUGCCAUCGGCAAUGCGGACAUCCUCAACCUCAUUGUGUCUUGCAUCGACGCUCUGCAGCUCCAAGACCUGGUCUGUCACAUACUCCAGGGCAACAUGGUGAUGUUCCGAAAGGACUCCUUCAUCUCCAUAUUGAAUGCAAGCCUCGAAUGGGAAACGUUUGAGCAGUUCUGCUUGUGGCAGUUGAUAGCAGCGCACAACAUCCCGGUUGACUACGUCCUUCCCAUCUUGCCAAAGUUGGAGUUUCAAGCCCAUGCGGAAGCGUUGACAAGCAUAUUGUUGCUCUUGAAGCAAGAAAGGCCCUCAAUGGAGCUUCUCAAACACAUUUUGUGCCGAGACGUCAAGAGCAACGACCUCUUUGUCGUCUCCAUACUGAAGUACUGGACCCAGGAGCACGAGGUGCAGCUUUCGGAACUUGUGGGAUCCCUGUUCGCUAAGACAGGCUCAGCUGCCAAGCGGAAACGGCAACCCUUAGCUGGCAAAAACCAAGGACCAGCACCAGAGCAAACGUUAGCUCAUCUUGACCAACUGAGGCAGCACUGCAAGCAGACAUCAUUCUUUGGUCAGGGAGCCAUUCAGGCGGCCCUUUCACAAGUUCAGGCCACAUCCACCGAAGCACAAAAAACAAAGUACAGUGACCUUUUUGCUUUGGCGGAUGACGCUGAAGAGAUCAAAGCUUCACCUUCCAAAAGUUCAUCAUCAAGGGGGGCUCGAGGGGGAAAGGCUAGCAAUGCUAGUUCCUCUUCUUCACAGAAGGCAAGUGCUUCAAGAGUGAAGCCUGUUCUGGCUGACUCUGACUCCAGCACUGAUAGCAGUGAGGAUGAAGAAGCUGCCAAGCCCAAGCCACCACGCAAAAAGAAGAAAACAGCCCUUGUUACGUCAGACAGUGACUGAAACAUUGAAAGAGCUUCGUCCAAGUCCUUUCUCCCUUUUAUAAAUAUGUACACAUCACAGUCACCUGACCGCUGAGCAAAGAGAGGAGGAAUAUGCCAUAGUGCCAGGAAGAAAGUGCCAGAGACGAUGACCUCAUCGAAACAGACCUGUGUACAGUGUGAAAUGACUGAUAUGGUUAACGCGACUGAUGGACUCAUGCGCUCAACAUUCGGUGCCAUGGCACUGUUUCUGGGUGAUAAAUGUGACGCUGUGAACUAUCACCGUGCUAUGAGGUGUUUCGGACAAACUGCAUCGGACUUCUUUUUUUCUUUUUGUAAUGCGAGGAUGGUGAAACACAGCAUUCAGUGUAAAUAGCACAGUGUACAGCCACGUGACCUAGCACUAUUAGGUGCAGGACAGUCCGUCGUUAGCUGUUUUAAAAGAAAUAAAUCUUACAAGCUAUUUAUAACAUAA